AUGGGUGGCUACUGCUCUGGUCCGGAAUUUGGAGAAACUAUUCGAUUAAACAUCCGGAAACUCGAGAACGAAAUCUCUCCGGACGCCGUAGCUUUGGUUGAUGCCAUAGCUCCACCGGAUUUCGUGCUAAACUCUGCUCUGGGCGCCAGUGAUGGAAAACCGUACGACCAUCUGAUGCGUGAAUUCCGCAAGCACACCGAUCCUCGACCACAAUGGUGGAAAGAUUUGAGCGAUUUUUUGGAGAUGAACAAAUCAAGGCCAAGUAAACUCUGA